GGUUGUCCGGUGACGCGCUGCGUGACGGGUCCCCUGUUGUCUGUGGUGGCGGCGUCGGCUCAGGGCGUUACGGAGUUAUCCGGCAGCAGAAAAGAAGUACGUGCUAACAGGAUCCCGCGGCAAGAAGCAUCGCAUUGUCCCCGAGUCUGAGUGCAGCCGCUCCAGCAUGCAAGGAAACGAAUGAAUUAGAUGCCGUGUAGCACGUCGGAUUGUGACUGUUGUGAUAAGUGGUGUAAGAGGCAGGAAACCAGAGCGUGUCCGCUGAGAGCAAGCGAUAAAAUACAUCCGGUUAUGUGCUGAUCAGAAGAUUUUUCUCUGCUGUCACCAGACCCUCUACGUUCCUCGGUGAAGAUGGGGUUUGGUAGGGAGCUUAAAUUUUCACACGAAGCGUUACUAAAACUGCAGGACUGGGAGCUGCGCCUUCUGGAAACUGUGAAGAAAUUUAUGUCCUUAAGGAUUAAAAGUGACAAAGAGUACGCGUCAACUUUACAAAAUAUCUGCAACCAAGUGGACAAGGAGAGUUCUCCACAGCUAGAUUACAUUAGCAAUGUGUCCAAAUCAUGGCAGCACAUGGUACAGCAGACAGAACAACUUAGUAAAAUAAUGAAAGCCCACGCCGAGGAGCUGAACGCUGGACCGCUUCAUCGUCUCACUGUCAUGAUCAAAGACAAGCAACAAGUCAAGAAAAGCUACAGCAGUAUCCAUCAGCAGAUAGAGGCAGAGAUGUGUAAGGUUACAAAAACAGAAUUGGAAAAGUUGAAAACAAGUUACAGACAAUUAACGAAAGAAGUGAAUUCCGCCAAGGAAAAGUUCAAAGAAGCUGUUACAAAAGGAAAAGAGACAGAAAAGGCCAGGGAUCGCUAUGACAAAGCCACCAUGAAACUCCACAUGCUCCAUAACCAAUAUGUUCUCGCACUGAAAGGAGCCCAGCUCCACCAGCAUCAGUAUUAUGACUCCACUCUCCCUGUUUUGCUUGACUCUCUACAGAAGAUGCAAGAGGAAAUGACCAAAGCCCUGAAAGGAAUAUUUGAUGAAUAUUGCCAGAUCACCAGCCUUGUGUCGGAGGAAAUUGUGGCUGUUCAUAAAGAGAUCGAGGCCUGUGUUGAAGAAAUAGAUCCAAGCACAGAGUAUGAAAGUUUCAUUGAGAAAAACAGGUCACCAGAAAACAACGAACACAGUAUAGAAUUUGAUUUGUCUCUGCUAGAGGAGAUCGAAAGCCUCCAGGCUAACGAAAUCAUGUGGAACAACCUCACGGCAGACAGUUUAAAUGCUAUGUUAAAAACGGCAUCCGAAGAGCUCGCACAGACACAGCAGUCACUUUUAAGUAAGGAAGAACUCCUGGCUGAGCUACAAAAAAAGAUAGAAGAAUCUGCAAGCACUUGUGAGAAGAAAUCAGAUAUUGUUCUUUUGCUAAGUCAAAAGCAAGCCCUUGAAGAACUCAAGCAGACCAUUCAACAGCUCAAGUGCACCGAGGCAAAAAUAUCCGCUCAGAAGGAGCUGCUAGAUCAGAAAGUGCAAGAGAAUGAUGGCAAAGAGCCUCCUCCAGUAGUUAAUUACGAGGAGGAUGCUCGUUCUGUCACUUCAAUGGAUAAAAAAGAGAGAAUAUCAAAGUUUGAUACGCUACGUCAUUCCAUAGCUGGAAUUAUAAGAUCUCCAAAAUCAAUGCUGGGUUCGUCAUCUUUUUUUGACGUGAUAUCUGCCAGCGAAAAACCCUUGUCCGAGCAGGACUGGUAUCACGGUGCAAUUCCACGGGUGGAAGCGCAGGAACUGCUAAAGCAACAGGGGGACUUCCUGGUGCGGGAAAGCCAUGGGAAACCCGGUGAAUAUGUCCUUUCUGUGUUUUCAGACUCCCAGCGGAGGCAUUUUAUCAUUCAGUUUGCCGAUAAUCAGUAUCGAUUUGAAGGUACCGGCUUCCCGACGAUUCCACAACUUAUUGAACAUCACUAUACGACUAAGCAAGUCAUAACCAAAAAGUCUGGGGUUGUUCUGCUGAAUCCCGUUGUUAAGGAUAAAAAAUGGAUUCUCAAUCAUGAAGAUGUGACACUUGGCGAAUUGUUGGGUAAAGGGAAUUUUGGUGAAGUAUUUAAAGGAACACUGAAAGAUAAGACAGCAGUUGCAGUGAAAACAUGCAAAGAAGACCUUCCUCAAGAACUGAAAAUGAAGUUUUUAUCAGAAGCCAGAAUAUUAAAGCAGUACGAUCAUGCCAAUAUUGUUAAGCUUAUUGGCGUAUGUACCCAAAGACAGCCUAUUUAUAUUGUCAUGGAACUAGUACCAGGGGGUGAUUUCCUGUCAUAUUUAAGAAAGAAGAAGGAUGAAUUGAAACUCAAGCAGCUAGUCAAGUUUUCCCUAGACGCUGCUUCUGGGAUGGCCUAUCUAGAAUCUAAAAACUGCAUUCACAGGGAUUUGGCAGCACGAAACUGCCUGGUAGGUGAAAAUAAUGUUUUGAAAAUCAGUGACUUUGGCAUGUCUCGUCAAGAGGAUGAUGGAAUAUAUUCAUCUUCCGGCUUAAAACAAAUACCUAUCAAAUGGACAGCCCCAGAAGCUCUGAACUAUGGCCGAUACAGUUCAGAGAGUGAUGUAUGGAGCUUUGGGAUUCUCCUCUGGGAAACCUUCAGCUUGGGAGUAUGUCCCUACCCAGGAAUGACUAAUCAGCAAGCCCGAGAACAAGUGGAAAAGGGUUACCGGAUGUCUGCCCCACAAAAGUGUCCAGAAGAAAUCUUUAAAAUAAUGCAGAGGUGCUGGGAGUAUAAGCCAGAAAAUCGACCAAAGUUCAGUGAAAUGCAGAAAGAGCUUUCAGUAAUCAAAAAGAAAAUAACAUAGUACCAAACACCCUAGUGGACACUUGUUUUGUAUCUUUCUAUUCUUAAUACAGUGAGUUCCUCCACUUACUGCUAUAGAUGCCGUAGGUGUUGUAUACUUAUUGUUUGUGCCUUUAUUACCAGUAUCACAAAAGCCACCUACAGAACGACUAAUUAUUACAUCUUCAGGAUUCCUCCUAAAAACAACUUAGUAGCUUAAUUUCAACUGUAUUGGUUAAUUGUCUGCAUAGGCAGCAUCCAGCACAUUUUCGAUCAUCUGUUACUUUUUAUGGGACACGUGGGUAUACAUGGUUGUGUACUAAAGCUCAUCAUUCCGAUACUGUUUUAUAAUGUAUGCAACAUUGAAUAAGUCUUUCGGCUGGGUCUUGAUGAACAAGAUUUUCAGUGCAUUCCAAACUGUGAUAAUGACAAGAUAAAUAUUGAUGUUGACUAGCAAUGGCGGAGUAGCGGAUACAAGGGCAUUUGCAAAAGGCAGUAAUGUUUUUUCGGUUUCAUUUAACUAAUUGCCUGUACAAGUUAUGAUGUUUUAAAAUGUAACCAGAUUUUCUGAAUCAUGUCAAGGGGGUUGAUUCACUUACACCAUGAGUUAUCACCUGAGUAGCUCUUUGUGCAUGGAAAAGAUCAGAUCAAAGAUAUUUAGAAGUCAUGCCAAAUUAAAGAGAGAGAAGAAAACCACACACCGAAAAGCUAUUGAAAUGAUGUACUGUCCUUUGUCUUUAUAUAUGCAUUAUUUAUUCAUUUGCCUGGAUGCCUUGAGCAUUCUUUGUUGAUGCAAAGCCCUUUGUUGCGCUCACGGUGCACUCUUUCCUAAGUCCUGUGUUAAAAUGGGGCAAGAGGUUGGCGUGUCCAGUGCCUGCUUUCUGCUUCCCGCACCCAUAUGCCCCCUGCCUUUCCUUCCUUGAGUAAAGGAGUCAAGGAUACCCAGCUUCCAACCCUUGUCUUGACUACCCUACAU